GUGAGGCAGGCAGAGAGCGCGCGGGCGGGGCGGGAUUCGGCGGAGCCCUACAAGGACCAAAGUGCAGCCGCUGGCACAGCAAAACUCAUCGGGGUUGGUCAGCCAUGCCUAAGUAUUGCAGGGCUCCGAACUGCUCCAAUACUGCCGGCCGACUGGGUGCGGACAACCGCCCAGUGAGCUUCUACAAGUUCCCUCUGAAGGACGGUCCGCGGCUGCAGGCCUGGCUGCGGCGCAUGGGCCGGGAGCACUGGGUGCCCAGCUGCCACCAGCACCUGUGCAGCGAGCACUUCACGCCCUCCUGCUUCCAGUGGCGCUGGGGCGUGCGCUACCUGCGGCCCGACGCCGUGCCCUCCAUCUUCUCCCGGGCGCCGCCCGCCAAGAGCUCGCGGCGGAGCCGAAGCGCCGAGAAGCCGCUGGCGCCGCCGCCUCCUCCCGCGCCCGAGGCUGCGCCCGGGUCCCCGGAGCCCGCGGGCGCGGCCGCUGGCCCCGUGCAGGUCGUGGUGCUGGCGCCCACCUCCGCGAGCCCCGAGGCCGCGGCCACCGUGCUCCUGGCCCCGUGCCCGCCGCGCCAGGCGCCGGUCUCGGCGCAGUCCCCGCGGGCCGGGCUGCGGGCCGCGCUUGGGGCGCUGCAGCGGCGGGUGCGGAGGCUGCAGCGGCGCCACGAGCGGCACCAGGCGCAGCUGCGGGCGCUGGAGCAGCUGGCGCAGCAGCUGCGCAGUGACAGCGCGCGGGCGCGAAGGGGUCCGCCGCGCGUGCUGCCUGGACCCAAGGAAUCCCAAACCUUCAUCAUCUGUGGAGGGCCUGACAUAGCCGUGGUCCUUGCCCAAGGCCCUGCACCUGCCACCCUGGAUGCCAAACCUGAGCUCCUGGACACCCAGACACCCAGUGCAUAAGUGUUGGGAUGGAUAGUGCCAAGGGACUGAAGACAGAAGACGGAAGAAGAGAGAUAAUCACACCUGGUCUUGGCACAACCCCACCAUUUAUAUUUGGGGAGGAGUGCUGGCUACCACUCCUAUGGACCCCUUUGAAUCAUAUGGGUGACCUGGGUCCAAGUGCCCCUCAGCCCUCACCCCCCUCCCUCAUCCCUCUGGGUACCCAGCUCCUGCCACUCCCAGCUCACAUCCUUGCAGUCAGGAAAGCCUCAGCAGAACAGGGCUCACUUGUUGGAGGAGUGCUGGGCUGGUUUCUGAAGGGCCUUUGGCACCAUGGGCUAAGCCUGCUACCAAGAAGGACGUGAUAGUGAACACAGCCGAAAUAUCCCUGCCCUUAUGGUGUUCACAUUCCCCUCUAGAAGGUGAAUAAACCCUAUCACUUCAGACUGUGGCACGUGUUCUAAAGACUGGGUAAAAAAUGUCACAGAGUGGUGGGAGGCUCUCCAAGGAGGCAGCAUUUAAGCAAACCCUGAAUGAUGAGGCCAACCCUUGAGGGCACGUGGGCCAGUACUCAGGGGCAAGAAUAGCCCUGAAGAGGCCUCAGAGUCAGGAAGGCAGUGUUGUUCUGUAGAAAACCAAAGUGAGGAAGGGGGUAAGGGCAAGGUUGCCAUUUUUAUUAGGGAGAGCAGAGAUGGUGUUUAAAAAACACAGAUGAGUGAGAUCCUAGAAGAAGGGAGAGGAGACCACAUAGGUAUCUAGGGGAGAGCUUCUAGGAGCAAGGAACAGCCAGAGAACAGGCUGUUGUGGCUCCAGCAAGGAGGCUGGCAUGGCUGGAGUAUAACAAGCAAAGGGGAGGAUGAGCCCGUGGCUCACACCAGUAAUCCUAGCUAUUCAGGAGGCAGAGAUUAUUCCUGAG